GGGCGGUGCGGUGCGGAAGCGGAAGUGGAGGGUGCGCUUGGCGGCGGCGGCGGGAGCAGCGGAGUCGGGAAUCAAAACAAAGGGCCUGGGGGGGGCGGGGGGAAGGCGGUGGGGCCGGAAUGUGAGCGGAGGUGGAGCUGGUGGCUCAGGGUGGAAGAAUGAAAGAAAAGAAAGAUGAAAGGAUGUUGAACCACUUUGGGUGGCUGUAUGAUGGAAGGAAACGGAACUGAGAACUCCUGCAGUAGAACUCCUGGAUGGCUUCAACAAGAUAAUGACGCUAAGCCAUGGCUUUGGAAAUUCUCUAAUUGCUUUUCGGGUCCCAAGCAGAUGUUGCCACGUAGUCCCCAAACGAAAGAGUACAUGGAGAACAAGAAAGCUGCUGUGGAACUAAAGGAUGUGCCAUCUCCCCUUCAUGCGGGCUCCUCGCUUUUCCCAGCAGUCCCGCUUCCAGAUAUUCAUUCUCUCCAGCAACCUAAAAUACAGCUCUCAGCUGUCCCCAAAGUAAGCUGCUGUGCUCAUUGCACUAAUGAACCCUCCUCCACUUCACCAAUGCAUCUUGGCAGUGGCGGUGGCGGUGGCGGUGGCGGUGGUGGAGGAACCGGGAGCUUGAUUCACAGGGGCGCACGGUUAGACUCGCAAAGCACCAGGACCAUCACGUGUCAGGUGGGGUCAGGGUUUGCUUUCCAGUCUGCGUCUUCCCUCCAGAAUGCCUCGGCUAGGAACAAUGUGGCCGGCAUUGCAAGCGACUUCCCCAGCAUGUGUCUAGAAAGUAACCUCUCUUCCUGCCAACACCUGCCCUGUUGUGGAAAGCUCCACUUCCAGUCGUGCCAUGGGAACGUGCACAAGCUGCACCAGUUCCCGGCUCUCCAGGGCUGCACCUCCACUGGCUACUUCCCCUGUCCUGACUUCACAAGUGGGGCUCCGGGGCACUUGGAAGAGCACGUGUCACAGCCGGAGCUAGUGCCUCACCUGUGCACCAAGUCUCUGCACCUAAAUGUGGUCCCUCCAGUGUGUUUAAAGGGCUCCCUGUACUGCGAAGACUGUCUGAACAAGCCGGCAAGAAAUAAUAUAAUCGCUGCUGCUAAAGUCUGGCCAAAUAUACCACCUCCAAACACGCAACCUGCACCUGUUACUGUUCCUCUGUGUAACGGCUGUGGAGCCAAAGGAUCAGGGAAGGAGACCACGCUGUCACUGGCGACCAAUCUCGGCAAAGCUGCUUCAAAAUUUGGGUCACCAGAAAUUGCCCUAGCCGGACAGGUGCUAGAAAACUUACCCCCUAUUGGAGUUUUUUGGGAUAUUGAAAACUGCUCCGUUCCCUCUGGCCGCUCAGCGACUGCUGUUGUGCAGAGAAUCCGUGAGAAGUUUUUUAAAGGCCACAGGGAAGCAGAAUUCAUCUGUGUGUGUGACAUCAGUAAAGAAAACAAAGAAGUUAUUCAAGAGCUGAAUAAUUGUCAGGUAACCGUCGCCCACAUCAAUGCUACUGCAAAGAAUGCUGCUGAUGACAAACUCCGCCAGAGUCUCCGAAGGUUUGCCAAUACGCACGUCGCUCCCGCCACUGUUGUUCUUGUGUCAACUGAUGUCAACUUUGCAUUGGAACUUAGUGACCUGAGACAUAGGCAUGGUUUCCACAUAAUCUUGGUCCAUAAAAACCAGGCCUCAGAAGCGCUGCUGCAUCAUGCUAAUGAGCUGAUCAGAUUUGAAGAAUUCAUUUCCGACUUGCCCCCCAGGUUACCACUAAAAAUGCCGCAGUGCCACACUCUGCUCUAUGUCUAUAACCUACCAGCAAAUAAAGACGGCAAGAGCGUCAGCAACAGGCUCAGACGCCUGUCCGAUAACUGCGGCGGGAAGGUGCUGAGCAUCGCAGGCUGCAGCGCGGUCCUCCGCUUCGUAAACCAGGACAGUGCAGAGCGGGCUCAGAAGCGAAUGGAAAACGAAGAUGUCUUUGGGAAUAGGAUCGUCGUGUCGUUUACUCCGAAACAUCGGGAGCUCUGUGAGACCAAGAGUUCCAAUGCAGUUACUGACAAAGCGAAGUCUCCCAAAAAACUUAAGAAUCCAAAAUUGUGCCUCAUGAGAGAUGCAAGUGAACAGCCUUCCAGUGCCAAAGCCACGCCUGGAAAAGGGUCGCAGGCAAAUUCUGGAUCUGCUAUAAAAAUCACAAAUGUGAAAAGUUUGCAGGAGCUGUGCCGCGUGGAGCCAAAGACUGGCACGAGGAACAGCGAGCCCCAGCAGGGUAACCUGAGACUGGUGGCACCUCCUCACAGAAACUCGAGUGCUAUAGCACCUGUACCGAAAAACUCCGGGAUGGCAGACUCUGUUUACAAAACCAAUCUGAAAAAAGACAACCUCACUGCCCGAAGUGUUACCAGUUCUCCUGUGGAGAAAAAAGACAAAGAGGAGACUUCGUUCCAAGUGAGUUACCCAUCUGCUUUUAGCAAGUUGAUCACAUCAAGGCCGGUUGGUCCUCUGCUCACAUCUCCAUCUUGGUCAUCUCGCAGGAAUAUGUCUCCAAACCUUUUAAACAGAGCAUCCCCACUUGCUUUCAACGUUGUAACUUCGAGCAUUGGUGCCGACGGCCCAGACCCGUUUGCAAACGGUGCUGACAUCCAGGUCAGCAACAUCGACUACAGGUUAUCCCGGAAGGAGCUGCAGCAGCUCAUGCAGGAAGCAUUUUCCAGGCAUGGCAAGGUGAAGAGUGUUGAGCUCAGCCCUCAUACAGAUUAUCAGCUCAAGGCCGUUGUUCAGAUGGAAAACUUACAAGAAGCAAUCAGUGCGGUGAACAGCCUCCACAGAUACAAAAUUGGCAGCAAGAAAAUCCUGGUCUCGCUUGCCACAGGAGCUGCUAAUAAAUCACUCUCUUUACUGAGUGCCGAAACAAUGUCUGUUCUUCAGGACGCUCCCGCCUGUUGUCUCCCUCUUUAUAAAUUUACAGAUAUCUAUGAAAAAAAGUUUGGACACAAGUUGAAUGUGUCAGAUUUAUAUAAAUUAACAGACACGGUCGCGAUCCGUGAACACGGAAAUGGAAGACUGGUGUGUCUCUUACCCAGCAGUCAGGCACGACAGAGCCCACUGGGGUCUUCCCAGUCACAUGACGGCUCCUCAACGAAUUGCAGCCCAAUUAUAUUUGAAGAGUUAGAAUAUCAUGAGCCUGUCUGCAGACAGCAUUGUUCCAAUAAGGAUUUCAGUGAACAUGAGUUUGAUCCAGACUGUUAUAGGAUUCCUUUUGUGAUCCUCUCUCUGAAGACGUUUGCACCCCAGGUUCACAGUCUGUUGCAGACACACGAGGGCACCGUACCUUUAUUAAGCUUUCCAGAUUGUUACACCGCAGAGUUUGGCGAACUGGAAGUCAUGCAUGAAAACCGAGGGGACGGGGUUCCCUUAGAACACCUCAUCACCUGUGUUCCAGGUGUCAGCAUUGCCACUGCACAGAAUGGCGUCAAAGUAGUGAAGUGGAUUCACAACAAGCCCCCACCUCCAAACACAGACCCUUGGCUUCUGCGUUCUAAAAGUCCCGUAGGUAACCCCCAGCUGAUCCAGUUCAGUAGAGAAGUGAUUGACUUACUGAAGAGCCAACCAUCCUGUGUCAUACCAAUUAGCAACUUCAUCCCGUCCUAUCACCACCAUUUUGCCAAGCAAUGCCGGGUAUCAGACUAUGGAUAUUCCAAGCUGAUUGAGUUAUUAGAGGCAGUGCCUCAUGUGCUGCAGAUUCUCGGAAUGGGCUCCAAACGUUUGUUGACCCUCACACACAGGGCCCAGGUGAAGCGCUUCACUCAGGACUUACUAAAACUUCUCAAAUCCCAGGCCAGCAAACAGGUCAUUGUGAGAGAAUUCUCGCAGGCUUAUCACUGGUGUUUCUCAAAGGACUGGAAAGUCACCGAAUAUGGGGUCUGUGAGUUGAUGGAUAUCCUGUCGGAGAUCCCAGACACAACCAUCUGCUUGUCCCAGCAAGAGAACGAAACGGUGAUUUGUAUGCCCAAGAGAGAACGUACCCAGGAUGAAAUAGAAAGGACAAAGCAGUUCUCCCGGGAUGUUGUGGAUCUGCUGAGGCACCAGCCCCAUUUCCGGAUGCCCUUCAAUAAAUUUAUCCCUUCCUAUCAUCACCACUUUGGCCGGCAGUGCAAACUUGCAUACUAUGGGUUUACCAAACUACUUGAACUUUUUGAAGCCAUACCUGAUAUUCUACAAGUACUGGAAUGUGGAGAAGAAAAAAUCCUCACGUUGACAGAGGUAGAACGAUUCAAAGCUCUAGCUGCCCAGUUUGUUAAGCUCCUCCGGUCCCAGAAAGAUAACUGCCUUAUGAUGACAGAUCUGCUCACAGAAUACGCCAAAACUUUUGGUUACACGUUUCGUCUCCAAGACUAUGAUGUCAGCUCGGUCUCAGCUUUAACACAGAAACUUUGCCAUGUUGUAAAGGUUGCUGACAUGGAGUCUGGCAAACAGAUCCAGCUGGUCAACCGCAAGUCCCUGCGCGCACUCACCGCCCAGCUGCUGGUACUGCUGAUGUCUUGGGAAGGGGCCACCUGUCUUUCUGUCGAUGAGUUCGGGAGACAUUACGAAGCUACCCACAGCACUCCUCUCAACCCCCGUGAAUAUGGAUUCAUGACCUUGACCGAACUUCUGAAGAGUCUGCCUUACUUAGUUGAGGUUUUCACUAAUGACAAGACAGAAGAGUGUGUGAGGCUCACGAGUCUGUACUUGUUUGCCAAGAACGUGCGGUCUUUACUUCACACUUACCACUACCAGCAGCUUUUCCUUCACGAAUUUUCCACGGCCUAUACCAAGUAUGUCGGCGAAGCACUGCAACCCAAAGCGUACGGCUACAGCAGUGUGGAGGAGCUCCUGGGAGCGAUCCCACAGGUGGUUUGGAUAAAAGGACAUGGUCAUAAGAGGAUUGUAGUGUUAAAAAACGACAUGAAAAGUCGGCUCUCCCCCGCCAGUCAUGAGCACCAGCCCUCAGCUCCCGAGCCCCUCCUGGAGGUGCCCGACUCUUACCCGGCCUUGGGACUCACGCUGGGAGCAGGUGGUGAUGGGCCAUGUCCAACGGAGCACGAGCUCCUCCGCCUGACCAACCAGUCUCCUGUGGACCUCCUGUGUGCCCCCGUCCCCUCCUGCCUGCCGUCCCCUCAGCUGACACCAGACCCUGUCAUACUCCAGUCUGCUGAUCUCAUUCAAUUUGAGGAACACCCACAGGAGGCUUCCGACAUUAUGAUUUUAAGCCAAGAAGAGAACAUUGAAAUUCCAGUAAAUAACGAAAAGCCGACCUCUGUCUCCAGCUCACCUGGCAUUGCAGCUGCUGUCCGCCUGCCUCCCUGCCCCUCCUCGGAAGCCUCCGAGUUGCAGCUCCGCAAAGACCCUGUGGAAAGCCCAGCCAAAAAGCAACCCAAAAAUAGAGUAAAAUUGGCAGCCAACUUCUCCUUUGCGCCUAUAACCAAGCUUUGAUUCAAUCUGAACCUAGAAUUAGGAUGGGAAAACGCUGUCUUGAUUCUGCACACAAAAGUGGGCUCAAAAACACAGCCUUCGCUGUUUUUCGUGGACACCCCUAGAAGCCACUUCCUUCACGGUUAGAUGUGCUCCAUACGUUUUGUUUCUUUUACAUUGAACACAGCUUUGAGCUGAAGUUUUUCGUUUUUUGCCCCUCCCCCAAUUAUUUGCAAGAAAACGAAACAAAAUUCUGGCAUUUGUUAAAGAAUCCUUAAUGUAUUUUACCAAAUUUUUAAAAAUUCUGAACUAGAGGGCCGGCCAAGUGGCGCGAUGGUUAAGAACUGGCUUGGGAUGCCAGAGG